ACACCAGUCAACACAACACCAGUCAACACAACAUCAGUCAACACAACACCAGUCAACACAACACCAGCGCCUGCUCUUCGUCAGAUCCCAAGUCCCAGCUCAGGAUAUCAUCACCAAUCCCUCCCCACAGCCACCAUGUCCCGCUACAGCAGCUUCAGUGGCCGUAGUCGCUCUGGCAGCGGAGAAGACGUAUAUGAAUUCACACGGCCCUGGGACCGCCGCCGACACCAUGACUUUUCCAGGCCGCCCCCAUCCUCCCGACACGGAUCCCUACCCGACUACCCAUCGAGACCCAAACCUAGAUACCGACCCGUGUCCCUAUACGGAUCACUACCCGAGUAUGGACCCCGUCUCAGAGAGUUCCAAUCGCUCUGGGACCGAUUUGGGCGUGGACCGGCGUCAAGGGCCGCUUCCGAGGUCGGCACCUCGCUAGACUCGGGCCACAGAGUGUCACUGUCAGGCCGAUCUACAUCGCUCGACAGAAGGCCAGGUCGAUACUACUCUGCCUUCCACUCGGCCACGCCUAGCCCGGCCUCGUCCAACGACGGCCGCGCGACGUUGUUCCCCUUCGAGAUCGCGGGCCGAGGGCGCGAGCUGCGGGAGCGCAGAGAAACAAGCGAGGAGCGACAGAACCGCUGAAGAGCCGAGGACGUCCAAGACACGAACGAACAGGAGCCGCUGCUGGACUACAGGGGCCGGCGAGCCUCGUCUGAAAGUCCCAGAGGACGGCGCCCCAUUCUCCAAGUCAGUGUCGGCCCCCGUGUCCCCGAUCAGCUGGGCCGCUCUAGCUCGAACUUCCGAAAUCACACCACGGACGACUGGGACAGAUCCACCAGACGGUUUUGUUAGAGGAUUCGAGGCCGGAGAUGGCCGAGGCAUUCGUUUUGUAAGGACAUGCAUUCUGCGUGGUGGAUUUCUUUUGUUUACCUUGUGAAACCCCGUUGAGAUUGAAACCGGUCAGGAGUUUGGGAAUUUGGUUACCGAUG